GUGACCGUGACUGCCACUCGCGUCUCGUCCAUUACUCCCCAGCCCUGGCAUGCCCCCUCCUACCUCCCAGGACGCCUGGCUCACCGCUCGUCGCUUCGGAGUAGUCAUCGACGCGGGCUCGUCGGGCUCUAGGCUCCAAAUCUACAGCUGGAAAGAUCCUCGUGUUCAGGAUGGAGGGAGGGCGCAGACGUCGCUCCCCAAGGUCGAGAAGGGUACGCAGAACGGAGAGGAUUGGUCAGUCAAAGUACAACCUGGCAUAUCUUCCUUCGGCGACGAUCCAGCAGGCGUGGCUGAGUAUCUGGAACCGCUGCUUGGGCACGCACGUAACCAUGUCCCACCUUCCCUGCAGCCAUCCACCCCUAUCUUCCUUCUCGCGACCGCUGGUAUGCGUCUCCUUGCGCCUCAGCAACAAGCCGAGGUUCUUCAAGCCACCUGCACAUAUCUCAAGACGCACUCCAAUUUCAAGCUUGACGAACCAUCUGCGUCCGGGCCCUGCGGCUCUAGCGUACGCAUCAUAUCCGGCGAAGAGGAAGGUCUUUUCGGCUGGAUAGCAGUCAACUACCUCACGGAUGGUUUCUCGGGCGCAGGCGAGCAGCCCCUGACCUAUGGCUUCUUGGACAUGGGCGGUGCCUCGACGCAGAUUGCUUUUGAGCCGAGCGUGUCUGAGGCUACCAAAUCCGCGGACAAUCUCAUAGACGUUAGGCUACGCCUACUCAGCGGCAAGGAAGUCCAACACAAGGUCUUUGUCACGACGUGGUUAGGCUACGGUACCAACCAGGCUCGAGAGCGGUACAUCAGCGCAGUUGUCAACGACUACCUCUACCAUUACCCUUCCGCCUCCCCUUCGCGGCCUAUCCCAGACCCUUGUCUCCCAAAGGGCCUACGCCUCGCCGAGUCUACCUCGUCUUCAGCGACGUACACACUGGUAGGCACGGGCGCCUUCGACCAGUGCCUUGCGCGAACGCUCCCACUUCUCAACAAAUCCGCACCAUGUCCUGAUACUCACUGUCUCUUCAAUGGUGUCCCAACGCCCCACAUCGACUUCUCCGCCGCGCAUUUCAUCGGCGUCUCCGAGUAUUGGUACUCGUCCGAACAUGUAUUCGGCCUGGGCGGCGCGUACGACGUUGUGCAGUACGAGCGCGCGGCGGAGCAAUUCUGCGGGCGCGACUGGACGGACAUUGUCAAGCAGCAUGAGCGGGACAAGGAACAUUGGGGUCAGGGCGCGCAGAGCGCGGGUUCGUGGGGCCCGGAGGUGGAGUUACCAAGGUUACAGCUGCAGUGUUUCAAGGCUGCGUGGCUCGUCAACGUUCUGCACGAAGGCUUGGACAUGCCGAGGGUAGUAGACCCCGGAGGUAACAGUACGUCCGGACAUGACGGUGCGCAGGAGAGGCCUGCGUUCCAGAGCUUGGACACUGUGGGCGACAUCGCCAUUAGCUGGACGCUCGGGAAGAUGGUGCUCGAGGCGAACUCUAACCUGCGGCCGAGACCACCAUUCUGGCAUUUCGAUGCCAUCGAGGAUCGUCUCUCGGAUCAUCUCCCUCCAUCCCUGACUAAGGAGACGUUGGGGUUCUCCCUCGUUGCAUUUCUCCUCUACAUUGCAGCCCUUAUUCUACUGUUCGGUCUGUUCUAUCGGAUGCGACAUCGUAUACGGAGCGUGCAUCGACGCUACACGCGCACGAAGGAGCACGACUUCACGCAAGAUGGCUACGCCAUGGAAGGUGGCUUCGCGAAGAGGCCACGCUCUCCCUGGACGCCUUCCCCGACCCAAUUGCACCAGCUCUAUCCUUCGAGCGUCCGUAUCAAACUGAACGGCACGCCCUCAAAUCACAAUCGAUACUCACCCACACGGGUCUCCCCCAUCCGCUCUAACUCCUCUCCCUUCCCCUUCUCCCAGCCCAGCUCAGGCAUGGGUGUCGGUGCGGGCCUCGCCCCGCUUCCGCCAGACGACGCGAACUGCUCCGCAUCAUCCUUCGCACCCACACCCGGCUCACCGCGCCCGGGCAUGUCUGGGCUUGACGGGUUCGGUGUUUCGGUGUCGAACGGCAGCCUGAGCUCGCUCACGUCCCGAUCGCGCAACUCGUCGCAAAUGAACUUGAGCAGCGCCGGUGGCAGCCUGAGGGGGAUGAACGGGAUUAUGAGGUCGGCGAGUAGUGGGUAUGGACAGAUGGCACGGACUACGAGUGGCUCGCAUGGACCUGUUGGUAGUUUAUAUUUGGAUGAAUGACUCGGGUUUGCACAUCGCCAUGCUUUGUGGGUGCGCUGUA